CCACUCCAUGUAGGAGACCUGAUUGAGUUGUGGGUCCUGGCUUCAGUUCGGCCCAGACCUGGCCUUUGGCGGCAUUGAAUGAACCGGCAUAUGGAAGAUUGAUUUCUCUGUCUCUCACUCUCCAUGCCUUUCAAAUAAAGUGAAAAUAAAUUUAAAUUUUUUUUUUUAAUUAAAAUCACUACAAGGCUGGUUCACAAGCAUUUGGGCAUUCCUUUGUCUCACUCGAAGUGUUUGUUAAAUGGUGUUGGAAAUCCAGGAGAAACAGCAGAGCUGGAACAAGGUUAGGAGUGGCAAAUAGGUUUCAACUUGUUCUUCAGCUCCCGUUUGUUUGACUGGAUAUCUGGCGUGCCAAGUUCAGAGUGCUUCUGAGGCUAUGUUUAGGCUUUGCAGGAAAGAGACAUGAUCAAUUAAAGCUGUCUGCCAGAGGCCUGGCAUGAGGGGUGCUGUGGUAUGUGUGCCAUGCAUUUUCCAUCUCUGGACCAGGUGCAUCUCUAACAUCGCUUGGGGCUGGUCCCUCAGCAGGCCUGACUGGCGAGGGAAGUCCCAAUGGUGCUAGAAUGGUGCUGCAGUGGCAGAAGACGGCUCACGAGUGAGGUCUCUGGAAGAACCACAGGGAAGACAUCCAUCAUUUGCUCCAAAGUUGUGCAAGUCAAAUCCUGGGGAGAAUCAUGAUAACCCUGAUCACUGAGCAGCUGCAGAAGCAGACUCUGGAUGAGCUGAAAUGCACACGCUUCAGCAUCAGUCUGCCUUUGCCUGAUCAUGCAGACAUCUCCAACUGUGGGAACCCUUUCCAGCUUGUGUCUGAAGGUGCUUCCUGGAGGGGCCUGCCCCACUGUUCCUGUGCUGAGAUCCAGGACAGCCUCAACUUCAGCUACCACCCCUCAGGCUUGAGCCUGCACCUUAGACCACCCAGUCAGGAAAGCUCCCCACAGGAGCAGCCUCUCUCCCAAGUCCUAAGCCCUGACCCCCCAGACCCAGAGAAGCUUCCUGUGCCCCCUGCCCCUCCAUCCAAAAGGCACUGCCGUUCGCUCUCAGUGCCCGUGGACCUGUCUCGCUGGCAGCCGGUGUGGCGGCCCGCCCCCUCCAAGCUGUGGACUCCCAUCAAGCAUCGGGGCAGUGGUGGAGGGGGUGGGCCGCAGGUCCCUCACCAGAGCCCCCCAAAGCGGGUCUCCAGCCUCAGGUUCCUCCAAGCUCCCAGUGCCUCUUCUCAAUGUGCCCCAACCCACAGGCCCUACAGCCCUCCUUUCUUCAGCCUGGCCCUGGCCCAAGAUUCUUCUCGACCCUGCGCCGCCUCCCCUAGAAGUGGCUCCUGGGAAAGUGAUGCUGAGUCCCUGUCGCCUUGCCCACCCCAGCGCCGCUUCUCCCUGUCACCCAGCCUGGGCCCACAGGCAAGCCGCUUCUUGCCCUCGGCCCGGAGCUCUCCCGCGUCCUCCCCAGAGCUGCCCUGGCGACCCCGAGGUCUACGCAACCUUCCCCGAAGCCGCUCACAGCCUUGCGACCUGGAUGCCCGGAAAACUGGCGUCAAGCGGCGCCAUGAAGAGGACCCCCGUCGGCUGCGGCCUUCCUUGGACUUUGACAAGAUGAAUCAGAAACCAUACUCAGGAGGUCUUUCUCUCCAAGAAACAGCCCAGGAAGGCAGCAGCGUCUCUCCACCAUGGUUCAUGGCCUGUAGCCCCCCACCCCUCUCUGCUUCCUGCAGCCCCAUUGGGGGUUCCUCCCAGGUGCUGAGUGAGAGCGAAGAGGAGGAGGAGGAGGAGGAGGGGUCCGUGCGGUGGGGGCGGCAGGCGCUAAGCAAGCGGACACUGUGCCAGCAGGACUUUGGGGACCUGGACUUGAAUCUCAUUGAGGAGAACUAAAACUGCAAGGCUGCUUC